AGUCCGAGCAUGAUCGGAUCCGGAAUCAUGUCGUCCUCGCUCUCGUCGCUCUCGUCGUCCGUCUCCUCGGCGCGCCAUCCGUCCUCGUCCAACAUUUCCAAGGCUUACAGACAGGCCUCAACACUAUUUCUCACCCGUCGACUACCCGAAGCCCUGUCCACUGUUCUACCUUUAAUCACACCGUCUCCCUCCGAAUCCGCUACUCCUGGGGAUGUUGCUUCCGGCGCCGCCGCAUUCGACCCGGCACCUGUCGCCAAGGCGUCGCGAUCCACCCGGAUAAAGGUGUGGAGUCUGUACCUGACUAUCCUCAACGCGAUUCUGGAGUUGAACUCGGACGAGGGCAAGGACGCCUUUGGCACACAGGAGUGGAGGGCUCUCUGCCACAAGGUGCGCGAGGGCGAGGUUUGGGAGGAAGUAGUACGCAGUGGAUAUCAUGGAUUCGAGGGAGAUGUCGAUGCGGAUGUGGUUAUCAACUUAGCCACCCUCCUCCUCGGCCACGCCAAAACCCAGACCCUCAACCAAAAACGUCUAGAAAACUAUCUAGCCGCCGCCCGCACCCCCAAUCUCGAUCUGACGGACCGUCUCUCGGGUCCCUCUGGCCCGGGUGGUUCCUCCGCCUCUCCAGCCCGUCGCCUGCGCUCAUCCUCCAAAUCUGGAGUGGCGACCGGACAUGGCGCUGACACCCCGCGAGACCUCAAUGCGCGCGUCAAGAUUCUCGAACUGUACACUUUGCAUGUGCUCCCACGCAACGACGAGUGGGCGUGCGCGCGAGAGUUCAUCAACAUGAGCGCGGUCCUGGACGACGAGCGGAAAGAAGCUUUCAUCCAGGCGCUGUACUCGCUGAAGGAGGAGCAGGAAGAAGCGGAGCGGAAAGCGCGCGAAAAGGAGGAUGCGAUUCGCAAGGACAUUGAGAAUGCGCGCAAGCUGAGGGCGGAGAACGAGGAGCGCGAAAGGAAGAGGUUGGAAGAAGAAAGGCAGAAGAGAGAGGCGGCGGGGGUGAACGCAAGUACGGCUGCUAGUGCAGGGAGCGGACCGACGACGGAAGGGGAAUCGGGUGUUGAGGCCAAGGGGACGGGAACGGGGACGACGAAGAAACCGAAUCUGAAGAAGAAGGCUUCCGCGUUGAAGAACGGGGGGGCCUCGUCGUCGUCGGCGUCUUCGAAACCGGCUAGGCCGUCAAGGAAGGGAGCGUCGUCACCGACUGCGACCAAGACGACGGGUUCUUCUUCGAGUGCGGUGGCCGGCCCUGGAAUGGGCACGAAGGCGGCUUUGAUACUGAACAAUAUCCGGUCGGUGUUGGAUCAGGUUAUGACGGCAUUUCAUGGGAACCCGUUCCUGCUGUACCGGACGCUGGCGUUCAUUAUCGGGUUCCUGCUGAUGUUCAGUAAAAAGAGCGUGAGGGAGAGAAUCACAAGAGUGGUGCAGCAAGGGUGGGGGAAAGUGAAGGCUACGGCUGGAAUGGGGAUGAAAGUUAGUUACAUUUGAUCCGAGCCCCUUUUUGCUGCUUGGGUAUCAGUAUUAUUUUGGACAUUGGGAGUAAGGGAGGGAAUAUUCCUGCUCUGAUGAUAAUUAGCAUUGCGGCUGUUGUCGCAGCAGGUUUUGGCAUGCGACAGUUUUGUUUCGAGUCUAUCGUUAAUGGGUCAUGCAUCACGGAAAAUAGCUUGUUUCGUUUUCAGUUCAUAAUCAGAAGAGAUGA